UGUAAUAUCACACUUCAUACAAAACACAAGUUGUGACAAUUAUUCGUAGUGAUAUUCAGAUUUUAAAAAAGUUCUGGCUUGAAAUUUGUAAUGAAAACUGAAGAAUAACCAAAUAUUUUGGAGACCAACUAAAGAUUAUUUUGAGAAACUCAGCAGGCUGGAAUCCUGUGGCUCAACCUGUCAGCAGCACUUGGUAUUUGAGUUCCCCAUUUUACAUUUGACCGCUCUAGCUUCAACACCGAUAAUACAGAAAUAAGGCUUAUAUCACUCAACAUGAUGCGCAUGUUCACCAGUUACACCAACACUGUGCAGCGCACUGCCAGGAUCAGCCACGUCCUGUGGGCCCGUAGCUACGCCAAGGAUGUAAAGUUCGGGCCGGAGGUGAGAGGCAUGAUGUUGCAGGGAGUGGACGUGCUGGCGGAUGCCGUGGCCGUGACCAUGGGACCAAAAGGACGCAACGUGAUCAUCGAGCAGAGCUGGGGAUCACCGAAGAUCACCAAGGACGGCGUGACGGUGGCCAAGUCGAUUGCCCUGAAGGACAAGUUCCAGAACAUCGGCGCCAAGCUGGUGCAGGAUGUGGCCAACAACACAAACGAGGAGGCGGGCGACGGCACCACCACGGCCACCGUUCUGGCCCGCGCCAUUGCCAAGGAGGGAUUCGAGAAGAUCUCCCGGGGUGCCAGUCCGGUGGAGAUCCGACGCGGAGUAAUGCUGGCCAUCGAGACGGUCAAGGACAACCUCCGCCGGCUGUCGCGGCCAGUUAACACGCCCGAGGAGAUCUGCCAGGUGGCCACCAUCUCUGCGAACGGCGACAAGUCGGUGGGAAACCUCAUCAGCGAGGCCAUCAAGAAGGUCGGACGAGACGGGGUUAUCACGGUCAAGGAUGGCAAGACACUGUGUGACGAACUGGAGGUGAUCGAGGGCAUGAAGUUUGACCGGGGCUACAUUUCGCCGUACUUCAUCAACACCUCCAAAGGAGCCAAGGUGGAGUUCCAGGACGCGCUGCUCCUCUUUUGCGAAAAGAAAAUCAAGUCGGCACCCAGCAUCGUGCCUGCCCUGGAGUUGGCCAACGCGCAGCGCAAGCCCUUGGUCAUUAUCGCAGAGGAUUUGGAGGCGGAGGCACUUAGCACCCUGGUGGUGAACCGCCUGAAGGUGGGCCUCCAAGUGUGCGCGGUGAAGGCGCCCGGUUUUGGAGACAAUCGCAAGGAGAAUCUGACGGACAUGGCCGUGGCCACCGGUGGCAUCGUCUUUGGCGACGAGGCCAAUCUGGUGCGGCUGGAGGACAUCAAGAUGAGCGACUUUGGGCGUGUCGGCGAGGUGGUGAUCACAAAGGACGAUACAAUGCUGCUCAAGGGCAAGGGCCAGAAGGCGGAUGUGGAGAAGAGAGUCGAGGGUCUGCGCGAGGCCAUCAAGGAGUCGACUUCCUCCUACGAAAAGGAGAAAAUGCAGGAGCGCCUGGCGCGCCUCUCCUCCGGCGUCGCCUUGCUGCGGGUGGGCGGUUCCAGUGACGUGGAGGUCAGCGAGAAGAAGGACCGAGUCAUCGACGCCCUGAAUGCAACCCGUGCUGCCGUGGAGGAGGGCAUCGUGCCCGGCGGCGGCACCGCCCUGCUGCGUUGCAUCCAGAAGCUGAACGACCUGAAGGGCGCCAACGAGGACCAAAACAUGGGCAUCGAGAUCAUACGGCGUGCACUGCGCAUGCCCUGCCUCACGAUUGCCAAGAACGCCGGCGUGGAUGGUGCAAUGGUGGUGGCCAAGGUGGAGAUCCUCGACGGCGACUAUGGCUACGAUGCGCUGAAGGGCGAGUACGGCAACAUGAUCGAGCGCGGCAUCAUCGAUCCCACCAAGGUGGUGCGCACCGCCAUCUCUGACGCAGCCGGAGUCGCCUCUCUGCUGACCACCGCCGAGGCUGUGGUGACGGAGUUGCCUUUGGAGGAGGCCGCCGCCGCUGGAGCGGCUGCUGGACUGGGAGCUCUCGGUGGCAUGGGCAUGGGCGGCAUGGGCAUGUAAUCCCCAAUGAACCUCGUUAUCACGAUUAUCCUUUCCUAAAUUCAAAACACAAAAACGCUAAUGGUUUGCCAGCCGAGCGGAUUGCUUUACACUUUUACCAUAAUUGAUGUUAAAUAAAUGUGAAAUUGAGAAUAUCGCAGUUAACAA